ACAGUUCCCAAAGCUCCAGAAAUAGAUCCAGUAGAGUGUUUGGUGGCUGACAAUGCUGUAACAGUAGCUUGGAGAAUGACAGAAGAAGAUAAUAAGAUUGACCAUUUCAUAUUGGAAUAUAGGAAAACUAAUUUUGAUGGACUUCCACGUGUGAAGGAUGAGCGAUGCUGGGAGAUGAUUGAUAAUAUUAAGGGUACUGAAUAUACAUUAUCAGGCUUAAAAUUUGAUUCAAAGUAUAUGAAUUUCAGAGUACGAGCUUGUAACAAGGCUGUGGCUGGAGAAUAUUCUGAUCCAGUGACCCUGGAGACCAAAGCACUUAACUUCAGUUUGGAUAACUCAUCAUCCCAUUUGAACUUGAAAGUUGAAGAUACCUGUGUAGAGUGGGAUCCUACUGGAGGAAAAGGUCAAGAAAGUAAAGUUAAAGGAAAAGAGAACAAGGGCAGUGUCCAUGUUACUUCACUGAAGAAACAUACAAGGUGA